UGGGGAGGGGAGUAAUUGUCCCAGACACCUCAACGGCACAAUGGCGUGGUUAACGAAGGCCCUCGAAUGCAACACUAGCGCUCCACAGAUGGAGGCUGGGCUAGCGGCUGCUUGGCGACCAGCUGCUCGGUGACUGCUCCCCUGGCGAGCGGUGUCGGGGUUGGGGGAGGCUUUCGGCGUGAACGGGGUGUGGCGUCGCCCGGUCCCAGCUCGAAUGUGACCCGGCCGGGGAGCCGACGGUAGAGGCGGACGUCAUUACAUCGUCGCCUCGGCUAGCGUGAGGUCAGGCUAACAGCAGGUGGCUAGCUCAGCUGUUGACAAUUAGUGUCGCUGUUUAUGCUCGCUUUGUCGUCUAGCCUCCAUUUCCUCGUAUUAGCACAACAUUGUUAAAAAAAAAAGCGAUAGCUUUCUCAAAAUCAGUUGUAAAAAAAAAAACAGUAGCAAACAGCGAUGCUGGCAAUUAGACUGGACUGUUUGCUACACCGAAGCGAGCACUGCGCAUAAUGAGCGAGUAUCAUGGCAUGGCUCAGCCUGGUCUGUACUGGCAAGUUUGCAUCGAGGACGAGCAGGAGGACCGGAUGUCCUCUUCCUCUCCGCUUCCGUCCCUGGAGUUGCUGGAGGACGACGCUUCCGGCGUCCCUCCUCCGGAAUGCGCCCCGGAUUGCAAACGCAGCACGGCGGGGAACGACUGCGCCCAAGCGGACGGAGCCGGCAAGUCGGAGACGAACGGCCACCACCACCACCACCACCACGCCAAUGUGCAGCCUCCUUCCGGCAACAACCAGAGCCAGGACGGGGGCAAGCCUGCGAAGAAGAGGAGACCGGUCAGGGUGGACACGUCCAAAGCCAAAACCUCACUGGAGGCGGUGAAGAUCAGCAUCAAGCAGCUCAAGUGGAAAGAGUUCCCGCUGGGACGACGAGCGCCAUGCGACAUCUACUGGCACGGCGUCUCCUUCCACGACAAUGACAACAUUGUGUCAGGCCAGGUGAACAAGUUCCCAGGAAUGGUGGAAAUGUCGCGUAAGAUCAACCUGAGCCGAUCAGUGAGGAAUAUGCAAGAGCUGUUCCCUGAGGAGUACGACUUCUACCCGCAGUCCUGGAUCCUUCCUGAGGAGUACCAGCAGUUCUCCACGCAGCUCCGCAUGGCGAAGGAGAGCGGCGACGCGCUCAACUCCACCUUCAUAGUCAAACCCGACAGCGGUUCUCAGGGCGAGGGCAUCUACCUCAUCCGCGACCUCGCCGAGCUGCGGCUGACGGAAGGCCCUCAGGCCAAGCAGGUGGUGGUGCAAGAGUACAUCCACAAGCCGCUGCUCGUCGACAAGCUCAAGUUCGACAUCCGCCUCUACGUGCUGCUCAAGUCGCUGAACCCGCUGGAGAUCUACAUCGCCAAGGAGGGUCUUACACGCUUUUGCACUGAGCCGUACCAGGAGCCGAGCCAAAAGAACCUGGGCCAGGUCUUCAUGCACCUGACCAACUACUCCCUCAACGUCCACAGCGACAACUUCAUCCACUCGGACAGUGAGAGCACGGGCAGCAAGCGCACGCUCUCCAGCGUGCUGCACCGGCUGGCCGACAAGGGUGUGGACACCAAGCGCGUGUGGUCGGACAUCAUCGCUCUGGUCAUCAAGACCGUCAUCGCCGUGGUGCCUGAACUGAAAGUGUACCAUCAGGCCGACAUCCCGCCUGGGAAGCCUGGACCCACGUGCUUCCAGAUCUUAGGUUUCGACAUCCUCCUGAUGAAGAACCUGAAGCCCGUCCUGCUGGAGGUCAACUCCAACCCCAGCAUGAGAAUAGAGCACGAGCAGGAGGUGGCGCCGGGAGUCUUCGAGUGUGUUCACAGCCCAGUGGACGAGGAGGUCAAAGUGGGCGUGAUCAGGGAUACUUUGCGCCUGGUGGACCCUUGCGGCAGGAAAGCAUCUCUUUCGCAUGUGAAGGCCGCCGGGGUCGAGGCUCUCGCUGAAGUCCAGGACAGGAAGCAGCAGGAAGGCGGCGCCAUGCCCUCGCCGUGUCUCAAGCAGGUCUACCCAAAGUACAACCGGCAGUUCAAUUACCUGCGACUGGUGGAGAGGAUCGCCGCCCUCUUCAUCCGCUUCCUGGGGGUCAAAGGCAACAUGCGCUUGGGCCCCACCGCGUUCCGGAUGUUCAUCAGGAACUGCAAGCUCAGCAGCAGCAACUUCAGCAUGGCGUCCGUGGACAUCCUCUACAUCGACAUUGCACGCCGCUGGUCCGGAGGUUUCCCCGACUAUCGGGAAGCAGGUAUGGGCCUGCAGGCUUUCGUGGAGGCCUUCUUCUACCUGGCGGCGCGUAGGUUCAAAUCCCGGUUGCCGAAGGAUCAGACGCUGUCGCUGCUGGAGCUCUGCGAGGCUCGGCUGGAGUCCCAGGCGGGCGUGGAGGAGCGGCGCUCGCUCAGCUGCAGCAGGUCCACGUCGCAGGGCGUGAAGAACCCCAGCCCCGCCAACCCCAGGCUGGCCUCGCCGGUGGCCACGCGCAGGGCCUCCAGCCAGGACUACCGGCUGCAUCCGAGACGGAAGCCUCGCGCGCUCAUGUCCAAUGUGGAGAACUGAGGCGGCGAUGGCGAGCAUUUACAUUCGGUUUGAAGGCGGGAGAAGGUUGGUGCUGGCAUUUUGAACAAUAAUGAAGAAUGUGCUUGCAGAUCCAACAAGGCAGCUUUGCUUACCUUUGCCUGGCAACUCAUAGUGUGGCUGCUUUUACUACUGCUGACCAGGAGAUACACGGUACUAUAUUAUUAUUAUUAUUAUUAUUAUUAUUAUUAAUAUUUAAUUGUUGAUCCUGAGGAGACACUUUGCACAGAAAUGCAUGCAAAUUUUCUUUUUUUUAACUCCAUUGAUGAGUUCCAUGAACAUGACAGACGUGUCGCAGGUCAACAUGACAGACGUGUCGCAGGUCGAACACGCACACAAAAUAAUACGAAUAUUUGACUUUGCACGUCGUCUGUCACUGAACACAACUAUUGAUGUCUACGUGAUGUAAGAGAUGAUCAUUAAAGCGUGCGGGCAGCCAUCUUCCAUAGAGUAGAUGAAGUUGCUGACAAGCUAUGUUUGCUAAAUAAAUGAUGAAUUAGCAGAACUGUGGAAAGGAUUGGCUCUCAUUUUCUACAACGCGCUCAGUCUGGCUUCUAGCAUCACCUCACCUGUAAACAUAAACAACUAACAUCACCUGUAAACAUAAACUAGCAUCACCUAUAAAAAAAUAAAAACAUCACUUAAAGUGUAAAUAUAAAUUAUCAUCGCCUACAUAUAAAUAUAAACAACAUUACGUAUAUAAAAUACAUAAAAACAUUAUGUCAUCGCCUGCAUGUAAAUGAAAACUACUAGAUCAUCUAAAAAUACCAUAAAAAUCACCUGACAUCUAAACAAAAACUAACAUCACCACGUAAAUCAAAUAAAACAUCACCUACAUACAACUCCUAUCAUACUGUAACUAUAUACAAUAAAUAAAAACAUGUUCUACAUAUAAAUAAAAACUAACAUCACCUACAAAUUUUUUUUAAAAAGUCCUAAAUGUAAAUAAAAACAUCACCUCCAUUUAAAUAUAAACAACUAACGUCACUUACAUAAAAUAAAAACUAACAUCAUCUACAUAAAAUAAAUAAAAACAUCACCUACAUAUAAAUAAAAAGUGACAUCACCUACAUAAAAUAAACACCUACAUGUAAAUAAAAACUAUAAACAUAACUGUACAGAAUAGAUAACCAUCAACAUGUAAAUAAAAACUAACAUAAUUAUAUAAAACUAUAAAAUACUUAAAAACAUUACCUACAUGUAAAUAAAAACUAACAACUAUAUAAAAUGAAUAAAAACAUCACCUACAUGUAAAUAAAAACGACUAACAUACCUGUAAAUAAAAACUGCUAACAUCACCUACAUAUAAAUAAAAACAUAUACAUGUAAAUAAAAACAUCUACAUGUAAAUAAAAACAUCACCUACAUGUAAAUAAAAACUACUACAUCUAAAAAUACCAUAAAAAUCACCGAACAUCUAAAUAAAAACUAACAUCACCUAGAUAAAUUAAAAAAACAAACUUCAUGAAAAUAAAAACUAUCAUCACAUACAUAAAACAGAUACACGACUAACCUAACUAUAUAAAAUAAAUAAAAACAUGUCCUACAUAUAAAUAAAAACGAAUAUCACUUAUGUUUUUUUUUUAAGAAGUCCUAAAUGUAAAUAAAAACAUCAGCAACAUUAAAAUAAAAACAACUAACGUCACUUACAUAAAAUAAAUAUAAACUAACAUCACCUACAUAAAAUAAAAACAUCACCUACAUGUAAAUAAAAACUGACACCACCUACAGAAAAUAAACACCUACAUGUAAAUAAAAACUACAAACAUAACUGUACAAAAUAGAUAACCAUCAACAUGUAAAUAAAAACUACUAACAUAAUUAUAUAAAACUAUAAAAUACUUAAAAACAUUACCUACAUGUAAAUAAAAACUAACAUAACUAUAUAAAAUACAUAAAAACAUCACCUACAUGUAAAUAAGAACUACUAACAUAACUACAUAUAACUAUAUAAAAUGAAUAAAAACAUCACCUACAUGUAAAUAAAAACGACUAACCUACCUGUAAAUAAAAACUGCUAACAUCACCUACAUGUAAAUAAAAACAUCUACAUGUAAAUAAAAACAUCAUCUACAUGUAAAUAAAAACAUCACCUACAUGUAAAUAAAAACUACUACAUCAUCUAAAAAUACCAUAAAAAUCACCUAACAUCUAAAUAAAAACUAACAUCACCUAGAUAAAUUAAAACACACAAACUUCAUGAAAAUAAAAACUAUCAUCACCUGCAUAAAACAGAUAAACUACUAACCUAACUAUAUGAAAUGAAUAAAAACAUGUCCUACAUAUAAAUAACAACAAACAUCCCUUUUAUUAAAAAAAAAAGUCCUAAAUGUAAAUAAAAACAUCAACAACAUUUAAAUAAAAACAACUAACGUCACUUACAUAAAAUAAAUAAAAACUAACAUCACCUACAUAAAAUAAAAACAUCACCUACAGGUAAAUAAAAACUGACACCACCUACAUAAAAUAAAAACAUCACCUACAUGUAAAUAAAAAGUGACAACGCCUACAUAAAAUAAACACCGACAUAUAAAUAAAAACUACAAACAUAACGGUACAAAAUAGAUAAUCAGCAUGUAAAUAAAAACUACUAACAUAAUGAUAUAAAACUAUAAAAUACUUCAAAACAUUACCUAAACGUAAAGAAAAACUAACAUAACUACAUACAACUAUAUAAAAUAAAUAAAAACAUAAUCUACAUGUAAAUAAAAAAUUACAACACCUAAAUAAAAUAAACACCGGCAUGUAAAUAAAAACUACUAACAUAAUUAUAUAAAACUAUAAAAUUAAAACUAUAAAAUUCUUCAAAACAUUACCUAAAUGUAAAGAAAAACUAACAUAACUACAUAUAACUAUAUAAAAUAAAUAAAAACAUAAUCUACAUGUAAGUAAAAACUAACAUCACCUACAUGUAAAUAAAAACUAAAAACACGACUAAAUAAAAACAUCACCAACAUGUAAAUACAAACUACUAACAUAACUAUAUUAAACUAUAAAAAAGAAAAAUGUGAAUAAAAACUAUUACAUAACCAAAUAAAACUACGAACAUAACUAUAUGAAGUAAAUAAAAACUACUAACUACUAAGCUGAAUAAAAACACCUACAUGUAAAUAAAAAACUACUAACAUGACUUUAUAAAGUAAAUAAAAACUAACAUAACUAUAUUAAGUGAAAUAAACACAUGUAAAAAAAAAAGACUAAUAUAACUACAUAAAAUAAAUAAAAACAUCACCUACUUGUAAAAAAUAAAUAAAUAAAUACUGACAACUAUAUAAAAUAAAUAAAACCAUCACAUACAUGUAAAUAAAAACUACAAACAUAACUAUACAACAUAAAUAAAAACAUCCUUGUUAGUGUGCAGGCUGCAGUCAGGCAGUAUGUAGGUCACUUUGACUUUUCAAAGCUUGCAUCCACCAUUUCCUGCUUUGUUGCUCAUCAUAGUCCUUGACAACAACAAAGUGGACGCAGAGUGUUUAAAAUAGCUAAAUAAAACUUUAAUAGGUCUUGCUGCAAAUGUACAUAAAUUGCACGGCCACAUGUUGAUAACACAAGCUCUUCUGUACAUUAUUGUUUUGUCACGGUCGUUUCAAAGAAUCCAACAAAUACAUUAUAGACUUUCAACUUACUUACAAAAAGUAUUUUCUACAAGUUUCAUAGAAAACAUACAUCAUUCUUU